AUGUGGAACAAGUGAGCAGGGCUUAGGGUAUUGGAGUCUCUGCACAUCACGUGUAAUAAGAGAUGUGUUAAUUCUUCAUGCACUAAAUGCUCGUAGAUCAAUUUUUGGUGUUUUCAACCUGCUUAUCACCCACUUUCUUCUAAUUUUGUCAUCACCCUGAUCCCCAGCAAGAUCAGCGUGUGCAGGAGAGGAGCUGCGAGGGAAGGAGAGUCCCCCAGAAAGCUGCAGGAGCUGCUGAUUCCAGACGUGGCAUUUCUUUUUCUGACCAAGUAGCACAUGUUUUGUGUCUAAAUAUUUUUGUCAUCUUGCUCCAGUGCGAAAGCUGUCCUGACAAGCUCCCUCUGCUUGGCUCAGUAGCUGCAGUGGAAGGAGGCAGUUGCCUGCACGGUGUUGUCAGCAGUUCUGCUUCGGGAGGAGGAGAGUUUGUGGGUUUGGCAGGACUGAAGGCAGGCAGCAAACUGCAGAGAUUUCUAGAGGCUGGAGCAGGUGCGGAUGGCGCUCAAGAACGCCGAGAAGGAGCUGGAGUCUCACUGCAGCUGGGCUGCACCCGAGGCCCUGCAGAAGUGGCUCCAGCUGACCCACGAGGUGGAGGUCCAGUACUACAACAUCAAGAAACAGAAUGCAGAGAAGCAGCUCCUGGUGGCCAAGGAAGGGGCCGAAAAAAUUAAAAAGAAGCGAAACACCCUGUUUGGAACAUUUCAUGUUGCUCACAGCUCAUCUCUAGAUGAUGUCGAUCAUAAAAUCUUAACUGCAAAACAAGCCCUGAGUGAAGUGACAGCGGCGCUGCGGGAGCGCCUGCAUCGCUGGCAGCAGAUAGAGCUGCUCUGCGGCUUCCAGAUCGUCAACAACCCUGGCAUCCACACGCUGGCGUCAGCCCUGAACAUCGAUCAGAGCUGGAUGGGCACCCCACGCCCUAACCCCUCGCACUUCAUCAUGACUGAUGACGUGGAUGACUUGGACGAAGAGAUCGUGUCUCCCAUGUCCAUACAAUAUGCAGCCUGGCUUUUUGGGCGCAGGUUCAGUGAUCGCUCGUCUCUGUCCUCGGAGGAUCAGUCCCUCUGGAAAUACCCUGCUCCUGCCUUGCCCAGCACAGUUCGCCAGCGCCUGGUGGACCCACAGCACGCCCACGGAUCUCAGAGAGACUUAACUCGCUGCGACUCCGAGUCCUGCAUCCCGCACCUGAGCGACCACCAGCGCAUCCCCAGCGCGGCGCCCAAGCUGCUGGCUGCGCGCCCCAACCUGCUGACCAGGUCCAUCGAGGAGGCUGCCCCCGCGCACCCGGCCCUCGGCGCGCCCACCCCCAACGGCGGCAGCCGGCACGCGGAGGCCUCCGCGCUGGGGGCUCUGCCGGAGCGCCUGCCCGAGAGCCCCAUGGUGAUGAAGAAGAUGAUGAUGGUGAACCACGGCAUGGAGAAGUCCUCCAGCCUCGGGGAGAUCAGCCACCCGACGGCCGGCAAGCACAGCCACUCGGAUUCGUCGCGGUCGCACAGCCCCAGCUCCACCGACCCCGACACCCCCUCCCCCAUCUCUGACUGCCGGCCCAACAGCGCCAAGAGCACCCGCAUCCCGCAGCUGGCUGCCAAGAAGAGCCCGGGGGACGAGGACAGCAGCUUGACGGGCGACGAGGUUGACCUCGGCCAGAGCAAGAAGAAGUUCCCCCUAAAGAUCUUCAAGAAGCCCAAGAAGUAGAGAGAGGAGGGAGGAGGAGGAGGAAACGCACGGACGCGACCCGCUGGGCCCGGGGGCGGCGUUGGCCGCGGGGAAGCGCCGCGCCACCCCUCCCGGCCCCCACGGGCGCCCUCCCUUCCAGUCGUGUCACCCAGCGCCGCGGCGGGAGGAGCCACCUCAACUUAUUUAUUUCCUGAUCUCUGAGAAACCGAGAAGACGACCGCUCCCCCGAAGUCAGCAGCCGCCCUUUCCCCCUCCCUAUUUCUGUAGUCCCCAGCUUUGCUGUGCAUGGCUUCCAGUUACUCCUGCCUCCGCUCAGCCACACGGCAUUUGGGUUUGGUUUCAAUGUGGUUUUAUUUUUUUAUUUUUUAAUAUUUUUGUUUUCGUUU